AUGUUUCUUUUUGAAAUUUUGCCACCAUGUUAUUUUAUAUUAGCUUCAAUUGAUCGAGUAUUUCUUACAUCGCAUAAUGCUUUGAUAAGACAAGAGAGUACUGUUCAUCUUGCUUAUAUUUCAAUAGUUCUUGUAACAUUAUUUUGGUCAAUAAUUCAUAUUCAUUCAUUUAUUUUUAUGUAUAUUCGAAUAUUUGCAUUGGGUAUAAGUGGAUGUUUUUUUCAAUCUGGUUUAUAUUUAACUAUAAUGAGUUAUUAUCCAUUAAUUGUUAAAGGUAUUCUUAUUCCAUCUCUUAUGAUUAUUUUUGGUUUAUGGACAGUGAAAAACAUUCGAACCAAAACUCCAGUUGUUUCUGGCACUAGAAGAAUUACUGGAAUAAUGCAAAGUGAUCGUUUACCAUCAUGCUCCACUCAAGCAAAAGAUCGACUUCUUAUUAAAAUUCUUCUUAUUGACAUCGUUAUUUAUAUAGUAUUCAAUUUAAUUCAAUCUAUUAUUGUUAUAUAUCAACAAGCAACUUUAAGUCAAACGAAGAGUUCUUUACGAGUUACCACUGAACGAUUGGUUUUUGUAACUAGUCUCACUGGAACAGCUAUUCCGUUUUGUAUAGGAACUUUCACGAAUUUAGUGCUAUCAAAACAUUUUCGACGUGAAAUGAGAAAUGCCCUUUUAUGUAAAUAG